AUGGCCGACGAUAGCAAAAUCGACUCGAUCAGCUCUCUACCAGAUGUGAUCCUCCAGAAUAUCCUCUCUUCUAUUACGACCAAACUCGCCAUCACAACUUCUCUCUUGUCCAAAAGAUGGAGGCGUGUUUGGUGCGAUACACCUUGUCUCUCCUUAGAUAUCGUCGAUUCAGUGAAGGCUGUUUCGGUAAACGAAACCCUAAGUCGCUACACAGCUCCCAAGUUGAUGAGUUUUGACCUCAGAACCACCACGAAGAAGAAUAUUCCCCACAUGGACAUGUGGAUCAAGUUUGCCUUCUCCCACAACGUGGAGAAUCUGUCCUUAGAUUUGACUAUAUGGAGUCGUCGGAUUGGUGAUAGGUAUACGUUUCCUGAGUUUUUCUACCUCAAUUCCUCUCUCAAGCAACUUAGCAUUACGUUAGACGAUAAUUAUACAUUCAUUCCUAAAUGCUCUGUGUCUUGGACAUCACUGAAGAAGUUGUCCUUGUGUUUUGGUCGUCUCUCUGAUGAAUCCAUGCCUAAGAUUCUAUCCGGUUGUCCCCUUCUCGAGAGCUUAACAUUGUCUUGUUGCGAUAGACUCAAGGUUCUCGAUCUCAGCAAAUCACUGCAUCUGAGAAAUUUGAACAUACACUGCGGCCUUAUGUUUAAGGGGCCAAAGCAGAUUGUGGCACCACAUAUCCGUUGUCUCAGAAUGUUGCUUAACUAUAAGUCUCCAUGUCUUUUAGUUGAUGUCUCGUCUUUAGUCGAAGCCAAACUGGGCAUUUUAUUUUGCUCGAUGUCAAGAACCCUCGAUGCUGAUUUUCUUCAAGAGUCGGUGCUAAAUAUGCUAGAAAAUUUUCAGAACGCGGAGAAGCUUACUUUUGGGGAAAACAUUCUUCAGAUUUUAUCACUUGCAAAGAUUCGUGGUGUUGAUUUUCCGAUGUUGAAAGUCAAAGCUUUGACACUUGAGACAAACAUCGAUCAGUAUAUUAUUCCUGGUGUUGAAAGGGUUUUACAAAAAUCACCUCACUUAAAGAAGCUAACAAUACACACAAGAAACAACAACAACACCAUACCGGGGUCACUUCUUGACAACUACUUGGAAUUGCAAGGCUUUGAACCGGAUCGCUGCUGGAGAUCAAAAGAUGGAGUCAUUCGGAUACGCACCGGGAUUAUAAAGUCAAAGCAUGUGACAUCAUUGUUGAAACUGAUGCUUAGAAACGCAAAGACAUUGGAGAAGAUGGUCGUACAGUUGAACGACAAUUACCUUAAGUUUAAAGAUGUUGUUACAACACUUUCUCCCAACAGGAAUGUUUCCAUUGUGCUCUCAACCGAGCCGAAGACAACACAUGAGUGGUGA